UCACAUACAAUCAUCUAAUAACACCCGAUAUUUCCUCGAUCUCCAAAUAAAGAAAAUAAUAAUAAUAAUAAUAAUAAUAAUAAUAAUAAAUCGGUUUUGUGUCGUUCCGUUUCGUUUCUGAAUCUUCUCGUGAAAAGAAUCUCUGUUUUUUCCUCUUUUCGAUCCGGUAUUAUCGAAAUAGUGUCUAGUUAAUCGAUGGUGCAGUUAAUGAUAUCAGGGAAUAAUCCGGUAGAAACGGAAACGACGUCGUCGAAGGGAGCGCCGGUGAAAGUAGAGAUCGUGGAGGAUCCUUUAGAGGAAGAACACGGUCCUCUCAACAAGCGAUCCAAGCAAUCGCAAACUGUUCAACAGCAGUGGGGUGCGGGUGCUAAUGCAUAUCCUGUUCCGCCGGUGCAAUAUAAUCCGCUGGAUGAGCCUAGUCCCUUAGGAUUGCGGCUAAGAAAAAGCCCGUCGCUUUUGGACUUGAUUCAAAUGAGGCUUUCUCAAGGUGGUGCUUCAGCACCAGGAACAAUACAAGGGACUGAUAAUACUAAUAACAACUCAGUAAUUAAGAAGGAGAGUAGUAAUAAAACCACUACCGCUUCGAGUUCUACUGACAAACUCAAAGCUUCAAACUUUCCUGCGUCUAUUCUAAGGAUUGGCAGCUGGGAGGUAUGUGAUUUUAUAUGUUUUGAUGUAUUAUUUUUGUUUCUAGUGGUGAUUUUGAUGUUAUAUUCUUGGUGGGAUUCUUACUAUUGUUGGCAGUAUAAGUCAAGAUAUGAAGGUGAGUUGGUGGCAAAGUGUUACUUUGCGAAACAUAAGCUGGUUUGGGAAGUUCUUGAAGGUGGUCUUAAGAGUAAGAUAGAAAUUCAGUGGUCCGAUAUUAUGGCAUUGAAAGCUAAUUGCCCUGAUAAUGAACCUGGGACAUUGACUGUUGUGUUGGCUAGACAGCCUCUUUUCUUUAGGGAAACUAAUCCACAGCCCAGAAAACAUACCUUAUGGCAGGCAACAGCAGAUUUUACCAAUGGACAGGCUAGCAUACACAGGCAACAUUUUCUGCAAUGCCCACAAGGGCUGUUGAAUAAACAUUUUGAAAAGCUGAUCCAGUGUGACAUGCGUUUGAACUUUUUAAGUCGUCAGCCAGAGAUAAUUUUGGAUUCACCGUAUUUUGAACAGCGGACAUCUGUUUUUGAGGAUCCAGAUGACCCAAAAAGUCAAGAUUUUAAUAAAGUAGAGAUGGGUAUAGCAUCAUCAUCUGCUUCUGGUUUCCAAGAUCUAGUAGCAUCACCAUCUGCCGCUCACUCAUCUUCCUUAGAGAUAGGAGAUCAUGCCGGUACAACAUCAGAGCAAAUGUCCCGAGAAGCUCCUUCCCCCAGCUCAGGGAAUGGAAAUUGUGAAGCUGUUGAUUCAAAGGGACUGAGAAACUGGGACCAGAUCAAAGUGCCUGGCCUGCACCCGUCUAUGUCAAUGAGUGAUCUUAUGAAUCAUAUUGAGAACUGUAUUUCAGAGCAAAUCACCUCUGGUAAUCCAUCGCUAUCGGCAGAUGGAUCAGAAGGCCAGAACAUACUAGAGGACAUCGCCCAAUACCUCCUCAGCGACAACCAACUAACGACAUCCUCGGAUGAGAAAAGGCUCAUGGCUAGGGUCAAUUCUCUGUGUUGUCUCUUGCAGAAGGACCCUGCCUCAUCCCAGAACUCACAGGCUAAUGAGGAAAUUUACGUUGGAGAAUCUGAUAAUGGAAAAGGGGUUCAACUAAACAACACUUAUGAAUCACUGAAUGAGAACAAAAAUAAAGGUGGUAUCAAGGACCCUGAAUUGAAUACGAAGGAUGUAUCUGGCAGCAAGCAAGUGCCAGGCAUGUCACGAAAAGACUCCUUUGGGGAUCUGCUGCUUCAUCUCCCGCGUAUUGCAUCUCUUCCGAAGUUCUUGUUUAACAUUUCUGAAGAAGACGGCGAGAGUCAAGCCAGAUAAGGUUGUCGCCUAUUUGGCAAAAAUGAAGCUAUGUAGUGAAUUUCUUUCACUCCCUCUCUUCCUCUCCCUUUUGUUAAAUGCAGAUUUGCUGGCUGUUUAAUAUUAUCUUAUGUUUCUGAGAAGAUGCUUGCAUUACUUUGAAACUUGGGGAAGAAGUGGGAUUCAGAAAUUUGUUUUGAUGAAGAAUCCCUGUAAAUAUCCUGUGUAAAAAUCUCAAGUAGUGAUGUUAGGUUUAUUCAUUUCUGCAUGAAAUGCAUGUUACCCUUAUAACUCUACAAACAUGUCCUCAAUUAGUGAUGUUAGGUUUAUUCUUGUGCUGUUUGUUUGGACUGCUAAAGUUCUGAUCCUAUUCCUAUUUGGAGCUGAUGCUCUUGGGAUGAAUGUUGAGCGGUUGUGGAAGUUUACAGCCGGAUCCUGGAAA